GGACUUAUAUGACGCCAGCGUAGUUUAUCCAACAUGGCGAUGACGUUGUCCGCCUGAUAACCGCUGCUAAGUCCACCACUUUAGUGAAACUAUCAGUGAAGAAAGUAUAAUUGGGCACAUCUCAGUGUUGGCGCUGCUUCUGUUUGCAUCCUACAAUGAAAGGGAAGGAGCGCUCCCCGGUGAAAAAACGCCCCCGCGGGCCUGACAAUGGCAGAGACCGAGGAGGAAGCUACCCGAGCAGCAAGAAGACCACAGCUCUCUCUACCAGCAACGGCUCCGCUUCCUCCAGGAGAGCUUUACCCAGCGACAAACGAGACGUGAGGGACUCAGACGGACAUGGAUCAUCCAGUCGGACCGGCAGCAGCUACGACUACGGAGCUUCCUCCGCCCACAAGUCGCACGGUAGCGCCGACAUACCCGCAGAAACGUCCAGGUCCUCCUCGCGGAGCAACUCGCGGCCUCCGUCGGUCCCAGGAAGUGAGUACAAGACUCUGAAAAUCAGCGAGCUGGGAUCCGAGCUCAACGACGAGGAAAUAGAGGACGGCUUGUUUCACGAGUUUAAGAAGUUCGGGGAUGUGAGUGUGAAAAUAUGCCGUGAAAACCACGAAAGGGUGGCGUUUGUCAACUUUAGGAGAGCCGAAGACGCCCGGGCGGCUAAACACGCCCGGGGAAAACUGGUGCUGUACGACCGGCCUCUGAAGAUAGAGACCGUGUAUUUGAAUAAGCGGAAGAGCCGGUCGCCUGUUAGUAAAGAGAGUUUUCCCUCUGGACACAGACCCCUCCACUCCCACAGAGCCCAGUCUCCCCCGGGCCCGGGCUACAGAGACUAUCGGUUACAGCAGCUCGCCCUGGGUCGCCUCACUGCUCCUCCUCCCCCUCCACUACCUCCUCACCUCAGGGACCUGGAAAGGGACCGAGAUUUCCCCCUGUAUGAAGGCAGGAGCAGGGGCCCCUUCAUUCCUGAAUGUCCUGUUUUCCGUGAUGAGGAACUAAUCAGCCCUGAGGAUGAGCAGAGGGCCAACAGGACGUUGUUUCUGGGCAACCUGGAAGCCUCUGUGACUGAAAGCACCAUCAGAAGAGCAUUUGAGAGAUUUGGACUGAUCACAGAGGUGGACAUAAAGCGUGCUGCCAGGGGCCAGAGCAGCACCUACGGAUUCAUUAAAUUUGAGAACCUGGACAUGGCUCAUCGGGCUAAAGUAGCCAUGGCGGGGAAGAUGGUGGGUCAUAGCAUAAUCAAGAUUGGAUAUGGCAAACCUACACCCACAACUAGACUAUGGGUGGGGGGUCUAGGUCCUUGGGUUCCGAUUGAUGCGCUCGCCAAAGAGUUUGACCGCUUUGGCAAAAUCAGGACUAUAGACUACAUGAAAGGGGAUUCAUGGGCGUACAUCCAGUAUGAAAGCCUAGAUGCCGCCCACGCUGCAUGGACCCACAUGAGAGGCUUCCCAAUCGGCGGCUCUGACAGGAGACUAAGAGUGGACUUUGCAGAGACAGAAACUCGCUACCCCCAGCAGCAGAUGAUGCAUCUCCCUUUACCUCUGCCUCACUUUGACUAUGCCCCUGAACCUUUUUCUCACCGCCUGCCCAGAGACCGCUCCCCCCCAAUUCCUGGUCGCUUCAGGGAGCGGGAUCCCUAUUCAUCUGCCGAGUGGGUUGGUCUGAAUGCCCAUGACAGGAUGAGAGGACCGGCCUUCAGCUCCUUAGACCUGGAGAGGCGCUCCAGGGACGGCUGGGCGGUGGAGCGGGAGUUUCAGGGCAGAGAGCUCGGUCUCAAAAGAAGACAUUUAGAUGACAGCUGGAGGGCUGAGCGUUCACCUGACAAUGGCGACCUGGGACUGCGCCGACGAGCCACCUCACUAGAGCGCAGCCCAGGGGGUAGCAGCCGAGAUGGGGGACGUUUCAGCGACUCAGAACGUAUGCCACGCUCUGGAAAAGCCACCCCAGCCAAAGAGCGGCAGAGCAACCACAACGCUGGCGUUGGGGAGAAAAGGAAAAGAACUCGUAGCCCGUCUCAGCCGGGUUCCAUCACAGAGAGAGAAGGCAAACGUAAAGCUGGAGACACAUCUAAGAGCCCAGGAAAGAAAGAGCAGCACUCAGACAAUCCAGCCUCAAACCUUUCCCCCUCCAAGCGUGAGCAGCAUCCUGACUCAGACGAGCUGAAGCUGAGUCAGGCCUGGGAGGGGGUCCUCCUGCUCAAAAACAGCAGCUUCCCAGCCUCCCUGCACCUGCUGGAUGGAGACAUGAGGAUGACCACCAGCCUGCUGGUGGAGGGCUCCAGCGGCGGGAAGGUAUCCCAGCUCAAGAUAAGCCAGCGCCUGCGUCUGGACCAGCCCAAGCUGGAUGAGGUCGCCCGUCGCAUCAAAGCCGCCGGGUCCAGCGGGUACGCCGUCCUCCUGGCCGUGCAGGGGAAAUCUGAGGACGUCAGCAGCUCCACGGAGAGACCGCUGAAGAACCUGGUGUCCUACCUUAAACAGAAGGAGGCGGCGGGGAUCAUUGGCCUCCCCGUUGGGGGCAGCAACGACAAGGAGCUCAGUGGAGUUCUGCAUGCGUUCCCUCCAUGUGAGUUCUCCCAGCAGUUUGUGGAUGCCUCUGCUAAAGCCUUUGCCAAAUCUGAGGAAGACUACCUGGUGAUCAUCAUCAUUAAAGGAGCCUCUUAAAAAAAAAAAAAAAAAAAGCAAAUUAUAUGUCUCUGUUUUUUGUUUUUAAUGAUCUAUUGUGAGGAAAUUCUAACAUAAUGUGGGCAGAGUCAGUGAAAAGUUUAUUAAGAGGGAUAAAACUGAGAUAAAGUCUAUUAUAUUAUUGUAAACUGAUGGACUUCAUUCCUACAGAUAACAUUCUGCCGCUUAAUGUUUUACUUGUUAGACGUUAAGGGUACUCAGAGCAAAAUACUUUAUGAAUAUGUUGCCUUAUCACCGAAAAAAAAUCCAGGGAAGAUUUUUUUUUUUUCUUUCUGGGUCUGAUUAAAUCAUUUUUUUUCAGUAAAGUUUUCACACUCAGGCAAUUAAAUAAAUACAGUGUAAAUGUUUAUUUUUUGAUUAGAAAAAUAUAAAAGCCUCUCCAAAUUGCUCUUUAGAAAUGGAUUUUCAUAUGUGCAUCUGUUUCGGUUAUCUUGGACUAAACUCAAUUUCUAGUCUUGUUAAUUUUAGUUCAUGCUAAAAGAAAAAAGAAAAGUUUAUAACUUGAAAGUUUUAUCCAAAGGGAUGGUUGUCAUGUAUAUCCCCAAUUUUGUGUAAUGAGACUUUGAGCAGAGACGUCAAAAUGCUGCGAUGUUUGGAAAGAGGUCAAUAAAUCCUCAGUUCUUAUUUUUGCAGAUUUUUAAAUUAAGCGAAUCCAAAAAGCAAAAAAAAUACCAUGGUAGGUUGUCCUUUUCUUGGUCUUGUAGUUUAGCAUUUACCUGACUCACAAUCAGCUGAUUUGAAGGACUGGUGCAGCCAUUGGAGGUUUAAUGCAGCAAAAAUUUUAUCAGGCUUAGAAACCUGCAAUUGUUUUCACUAAAGAUGUAGACUGGCAUAAUCUGCAAAUACAGUUUAAAUAGUUAUAAAUAGCUCAAAUCUGCAGCACAGAUUUAUUCCCCUCUCUAAAAUCUCAUGGCAAUAUGGCGUCUCUGCUAGAUAAGAGAGAAGUAAAACUUCUCUCUGGAGAAAAAAAAAGAAAUCUGAACCGUUUAAAAUCUUCUGGGUUUUGAUACGAACCAGUUACUGUGGUCUAAAGGUUAAGAUGCUGGGACAAUGAGCCUGUUCAAAUAACGUUUUUAAUCAAAAACUUCUUCCUGGUUCACAAUGUAGUGAUAUUAUUGGACUUUACCUGGAUGCAUAUUUUCUCUGAACACUGCUAACAUCGCCAGUAGGUGUGUUUGUAGGGGAUGGAUAGAAAAAGCAGACUUUUACCCCCAAAAGUAGUUGAUUUUAUUUAUAUAUAUAAAAUAAAUGCUGAGCCUUAAACAACAGAUUUGUGGAAAUCUACAAGAUAAUUCAUGUUUCUUCAAACUUUGUUUUUCUCUCCAUCCCGCACACCGAAUAAUUUUAUUGGUAUCUUCACCUAAAGGCGGUUCUUAAUUGGAGCCUUGAUUUGUAAUUUGUAAAAGCCGCCAAUCUUAUCUUUUACAGCAAAGCAUGUACUAUUUGAUAAAAUGGGGUUAAAUGUAGAUGAAGCUCUUCAUGUAUACGAUGGAUGUCCGCUUAUACAAUCUGGAGGCAGAGAAACCUUCCUACACUAUUUGUGGACUUGUGCAAACGUAAAAGGAGAGGAGGCUUCUUCCUGCUGCUGCCUGAAAAAGACUUUUACUGAUUGAUUUUCAUGCUUUGAUUUGAGUACUGUUUUUGUUUGUUUUUUUUGAGAAAAAAAAUGUGGUGUAAACUCAGGAUUUCUGGAGACAGAAGUGGAGAACAUCAAAGCCGAUUGAGCCUAACUGUCAGACAAACACGAAAAACGUGCAGCAAGCACUUGAUGCAUCUUGUUUUAAUAAAUUUGCCCUUUCGUGGGAAAGACGAGUGCCUCGGAA